AUGAGGACGGCGCCCCUUAAGAGGGCUCAGUCCCUGUGGGUCCCCAAGCAGGGGAGAAGACGUUGGAGGGGCGGAUCCGAGGUGCCCCCUCAGCCGGUGGUGCCGGACGGGGUACGCGACUUGGUGGAGGCGCCGCAGGCCGGGACCACCGUCGAGAUCCCUGCACCCACUGCUGGGGACACGGGGGUCCAGCCAACAGCUCCAGGCGCUCUGGGAGGCCCUCAGGGAGUUCCGAGCUCCCAAAAGAAGGCUGUCCCGCGAGCGAGCCGGAAGCAAAGGGCGGUGCCAGUGGCGCUGGCCCCCCUAAAAGCCGUGAAGAGGGGGGCACAGUCGACCCCUGGGUCGGCGAGGCCCAAAACGCCGCCUCCCCUAAACCGUGAGGAGGGGGAGCUCCCCCAUGUCGAGGAGGGGCGGGAGGCUGGGCAGAGGACGCCGGAUCCCCCAACGGAGGAGGGGAGGACGCCGAGGCCCCAGGAGGCGGAGGAGACGGUCGUGGCCUCCGAGGCUGUUCCCCCAACGGGGGAUGUCAGCCAAGGGGGUCAUGAUCAUCAAGCCGAGAGGGGCCUGACCGAGGGGACGCUCGGCGUGGUGGCCGUAGAGAGGCCCCACGGGAAAGCGCCGGCUCGGCCCGAGGCUCCAGCCAGAGAGGGAGGAGGGAGGAUGGUGUGGGGUCAAGACCCCAUGAUCUGGCCCAACCCUGACGACCCAGAGGGGAGGGCCAGGUUUGUGCUGGACGACCCGUCAGAGUCUUACCUCUAG